AUAGUGGAAUCCUUGUUGAAUUGUUGAUGGAUAUACCAAACUUGAAGUUCAAUUCUUUAGUUUAAUAUAGAUAAUAGGUGAGAUGUCAAUUAUAUUACAAAGAAAAGAAUAGAUCAUGAGAAGAAAUAAAUGGUAUAAAUAGUAAGAUUAUUGCUGUCAAAAAAAAAAGUAAGAUUAGUAAGGAGUAGUGAGAUUAAAAUGUUUUCCAUUAAGGCAUUUUAGUUACAUGUCCAUUAUUUUUGCCUUUUUGGGUUAUUAUGGACACCCCAAUCCCAUAAUAAAUUUAUUUGUAUUAAAAUCCACAAAUAAAUCGACUUUUCAAUCCCUAUAAAGAGUUUUUCAUUCUCUGCUUCUUCUCUCAUGCAACUCGUCGUCUCUUUGGGUCUUGAGAGUGUCUUACGUAACCCCUAAGUUACUUGAGCUGUUUCAGAUGUCUCCUCUGAUUCCGCCACUUCCAGACGACGUUACCGUUGACAUCAUAGCUCGUGUACCCAUAAGCCAUUACCCGACUCUCAACCGCGUUUCCAAGAGUUUCAGGAAACUCAUUGCCUCUUCUACGCUCUACAAGAGGCGAUCCCAGCUAGGCAUCACCCAACACCGUAUCUAUGCUGUCCUCCGCAGCCGCAACCCCCAAACUCGUGACUAUUUCAACUUCUACAUUCUCCACAGGAAACUCAACUCCAGAAACCGCUUGGUCCUCGUCGAAUCACUUCCUCUCAUGUCUUACCUUGGAAAAUAUGUCCCGGUUGGUUCGAAGGUGUACGUGUUUAACGAUCUCGAUGCGCUCAGCAUUGACUGCACCUCUCACAAGUCUCACCUCAUCUCUGACAUUCCUCAGCGCAUGUCUUAUAAAGUUGCUAAUGCCGUCGACAGGAAGGUUUACCUGAUUGGUGGUCUUUUUUUUUCGGAUGAAAGUGGGUCGUUGAAGAGUGCAGUCACGGUGUUUGACACAGAAACACAAUCAUGGGAGCCUAAGUUGGUAAAGGAAGACAUGCCUGUAGGUCUUGGUCCCUUUUUGUAUGAUUCUGUGGUGAUGGAGGGUAAGAUUUACAUGAAAGAUUACUGCAAGGGAAACUCUUUUGUUUAUGAACCAGAGGAAAGGAAAUGGGGAUUGAUGGACGAGGUGUUGAACUCUAAGGAAGAGUGGGAGAGGGCAUGCGUGGUUGAUGAUAUCCUCUACAAUCACGAUGUGUCUGAGAAUGUUUUGAGGGCGUAUGAUCCAAAGCAGAGCUGUUGGAGUGUUGUCAACGGUUUGGAGAAGUUUUUGGCUGUGGAGACUGCUCGUUCAAGGUGGUCUAGAACUGUUAACUACGGCGCGGAGAAGCUGGCUCUCUUCUUUCAUAAAAACCAAGACGGCAAAGACGUCAUUUUCUGUGCUGAGAUUGCUUUGGAAAGGCGCCAAGGAGGAGGAAUUUGGGGUGAGAUGGAGUCGUGUGAUGUUGUGAUUGAGGAUAGGCUGUUUUACCGGAUCAAAUUUGUUACUGUUACCGUUUGAUGCAGCAUAAUAAUAUCUCUAUUUAGAUCCAUUCGUAUUUUAAAUUAUCCUAAAUGCAGACUCUUGCGGUCAUAAGCUUGCUAACAUUGUUUAUGUUAGACAAAACCUCGAGUGUGUUGUUUU